AUGCUGAUCCCCACGGUCUCCUUCAUCCCACCAGCCUCCGUGACGGACGACGCAAAGUGCUCUCAACUGCGUCGUCUUAGCACUUUGGGACUCGUGUACACGUCGCUGCCACAUCAAAUGCUGCUCGAAUUGGCGCCACCUGUUCGCGACGACCACAAGACGUUGCAGUCGAACGCACUCAAGGCGACUGUGCUGGACACACGCACUCUCUUGGGUCCGUUUUCCGUUGACAUGAUGGAAGAAAUUGCCUUGUGGCUCGAUCAGGGACUAAAUCAGGUGCUGGUGAACGCUGUGUCGAGUCAAGACGCAGAGCUCGAGCGAGUGGCCGUCGCAGUGUCGGAACUGCCACUUGCUCGAGUGGUUCUGUGUAUUCCCGUACUGUCGCUGGACGUUGCAGAGUUUGGCGCAAAGCUGGAGAGAUUGGCGCCUAUUGCCAGUGGUGUGGUGCUUACUAUUGACAGUGACACGGACGCACUUGAUGCUCUGUUGGCUGGUUUGCAGACCGUGAGGAAGAGCAUGGAGGACACGUUCUUCUUUGUAGUGGAAUUCAGCACUGGGUUGCCAGCAGGUUACACUUCGGAGAAGGUGUUAGCGAUGAUUCGAGACCUUCAUCACUGCAAGAUCCAUGUGAUCGCUCCGGGAUAUUGCCAUGGGGAAGGCGAGAAGACAGGUGACUUCGUAACGAGCGAUGGUGAAGCGAUGGUAGAUGCUGCAUUGGCGUUCGUGCAGUGUCUGCGGACUGAUCGUCCCGAUGGUCUGUUCACAACGGUUGUUGCAGAUGAAGCUGGUGUCGCACUUGGACUCGUGUACUCGAGUGCAGAGAGUAUCGUGGCUGCGGUGUCAAGUGGACGUGGCGUCUACUACUCUCGGUCGCGCGGUGGCUUGUGGAAAAAAGGAGAGAGCAGUGGCAACACCCAGGAGCUCAUUCGGAUCGAUAUGGACUGCGACAGCGACGCCCUGCGCUUCACGGUGAGCCAGACGGGUACUGGCUUUUGCCACCUCAACACCCGCACGUGCUGGGGUCACGAUGGCGGUCUUCGUGCACUGGAGAGUAUGCUGUUCAGCCGCCACGAAGACGCACCACCGGGGUCGUAUACCAAGCGACUGUUUGACGAUACCGAACUACUGCGCAGCAAACUUGUAGAGGAAGCACAGGAACUCGCAGAAGCUGAAUCAGUCUCUGAUGUAGCGGGAGAGGCUGCGGACGUGAUGUACUUUGCCAUGGUGCGCUGUGUAGCUGCUGGCUGCAAGCUCAGCGACGUCGAGAAAAUGCUCGACCAGCGUGCACUGAAGGUGAAGCGACGACCUGGAAACUCAAAGGCGUACCGUAUCGCGGCUGCCAACAGGAUUUUGAACGGCAAAGGGCUGCUCAAUAGCCACAGCAGUGCAGCGUCAGCUUCGACGGAGAGCAACCAACAGAGCUAG